UUAACUGUUAGUCGAAUAAACAAAUGCGCCAAAAAGAAGAAGUUCGAAAGAAAAGUUGGCGUGUAUCAGAACGCAAAAUUUUUAAAGUGAGUCGGUGGUGCUAAGCAAUUUUCGAUAGUUUUGUGUGAAAAAUUUAAAAUAAUUAACUUUUAAACAAAAUGCCUAAAGUUCGGAAGUGCGUAGUUCGCGGGUGCAGUGAAAAAAACAAACAAAUGUUUCUUUUGCCUCGGGAUAAGGGUGUAGCACAGAAGUGGUUGGAAAAUUUACGUUUGGAGCCAACUGCUCGUUGCACGCCUUAUACCACAUUCGUAUGCAGGAAUCAUUUUGAGGACUACGCUGUUGGGAAAAAACUUUUAAAACGAAAUGCAGUUCCAACCAUAAAUCUCGGAUUUGAUGAUGUUCCUAAUGCCAUGGAAAAAAAAAUAAAUCGGGGUUGCUGCAUCGAAGAUUGCCAACCCGAUGGCAAUUCAAUAUUAUUCUCAUUUCCUAAAACGGAAGUUGCCUUCAACACGUGGGCUUUAGCGUGCAAUUUAAAGAUGCCAUUUCCCGUCCACAAGAAGCUUUUUAUUUGUGAACGUCACUUUGAAAAAAAUUUUAGUAGUUCUAGUAAUAGUGGCUCUUCGGAGUUGAUCCUUCAGCCUGUUCAGCGGACUUAUAUCAGGCCUAAUCUGGACGAGGACUUGACAUUAGAAGAGUUUGAAAGAUUUUCAAUUUUGGAAGAAAAUAGGCAGCGUUUUGACAUACGAGGUAGCGAUGAUUUGGUCUACGACCAAGAACAUUUCGCUCAGGUGGCACGUUCUUUUCAAAGUAAUGCCAACAAACAGGACAAAGAAAUUAUGCAGCUGAAACAGGAAGUGGAAAUUUUAAAAAAGCAAUAUUGA